GGGGAAAAAGCAGAGCGGAAAUGGCCGACGAACUGGCUGUUACGCGCGGCAAUUAUGUUAAGUGGCCAAUUAGCAAUUAACCAAGGAGGCGAGCGGAGCGCCCCUUAAUUGCCGGCAACAAGAGGACGACGACGACGACGAAAACGACGACGAAGAAGAAGAAAAAGAAGAAGAAGAAGAAGGUGGAGACGUGUGUGGAGGUGGAGCGAGCGCGAGGCGCGUCGGUCGCCAUUUAUUAUUACCCCGAUUUUUUCCCGUUCGAGAAACGUUCGCGAAACGAGAUCAUCGCGACAUCGCGUCUUCCCGCGAAACACGAACGGCGUGAGUUUCGUUGACGUUAGAGAAGAGAGAAACAGUGUGAUAAUAAUUAUUAUAUAUUCGUGGAUCGGAUAUCGAAUAUCGAACAGCGAGCGAGGAUAGGAAUGACACAGGGAUGUCACGGGUAAAGGGGGGCGAACAGGGACAGGAGAGGAAAGAAAGGUGUUGGAAGGAGGGAAAAUAAAUAAGUGAAGUGAAGAAGAAGAAGAAAAAAGAACAAGAAGAACAAGAACAAGAGGAAGGAAAGGUAGGAAUAGGCGGAGGGAUUUCGAGUUUUCGGAGUUGGACUUUGCUACGCCCCGUCAACCGUCGGCAAGAUUCUGUCUCCCAGGUAUCGGGCGAGUCCUGGGGUGGCGACAGAGGCACCCGCGGGUGGCCGUAGCCCGAAGGAACCACCUACGUGUACCGUGAUGACCGUCCAUCACCACCAGAACCACCACGUGGCGGCACGUAGCGGCGUCACAGUGGCCAACAGCAACGGCCUCAACCUGACCAGGAUGUCCGGCCUCGAGGCCCACAGGCUGGAGAACAUCGUGGAGAGGAACGGAGUGAGCGUGGAGCGUCUCUCGAAUGGGCUCGACUCGAGGAGCAACAAUCACGCGGGCAACAACGGGUUGGAGCGCGGGGACGCGUCCUCGACCACGAUGCCCCAGAGGUCCAGAUUCAUGAUCACCGACAUCCUCGGCGGCGCGUCGAGCAAGAUGCACCACCAGGCCGCCCUCCAGAGCCAAGAGCCACCGGCCAGCCCCCCGUCCACGCCCAGGGACCUCAGCGUAAGGCACCAGUCGAGGACAUCGUUGAACAACAGCAACCUCGACGAGGAUAGCGACGCCAGCCAUCACGAUGGCGCUUCCGUUACUUCCAAUGGUGGCAAGGAGGACGAUCCAAAGAGUUCCUCGUCGAGCACGCUGAGCUCGGCGCAGAGCAAGAAGCAGAGGAAGGCGCGCACGGCUUUCACGGAUCAUCAGCUUCAGACCCUCGAGAAGAGUUUCGAGCGGCAGAAAUAUCUGAGCGUGCAGGACAGGAUGGAGCUCGCGGCCAAGUUGCAACUGACCGACACCCAAGUGAAGACGUGGUACCAGAACAGAAGAACGAAGUGGAAGAGGCAAACGAUCGUCGGCUUCGAGAUAAUGGCGGAGAACAAUUUCGCGGUGGCUGCAUUCCAACAGUUGUACGGAAGCGGGGCAGCGGCUGUCCCGGCGCAUCCCGCUGCCGGACGAUACUGGCCUUACCCGAGCGCCCACGCACUGCCCGCGAACGGCCUCUUUUACCAGCAAGCGUCAGCGGCGGCCGUCACCUUGCAGAAGCCACUUCCGUACAGAUUGUACCCACCCACCAUGAUCCUGGCCGGGCCGAGCAACCCCCUCGGAUCUUUGACCGCGAGCUCCAGCCUGUCCAACCUGAGCAACUACUACAGGGACAGCCCGGAGAUGGGCGAGGGAGGGAGGGAGAGGGAGGGUAGGCAGCAGAGGGACAGAAGCAAGAGCCCCGUGUUGAGCGACAGGUCCCCGCUGAUGAAGGAGGAGAGGCUUUACGCGGCCACGAUGGUGCAAGCCGGGUCGAGCAACACGGCCACCCUUGGAGGUACCUUGACAGCGAGCUCCAGCCUGUCCAACCUGAGCACGUAUUACAGGGACAGCCCGGAGGACGGGCGGGAGGGGAUGGGCAGGGGGUCGAGGCAGAGGGACAGGAGCAAGAGUCCUGCCGGGUUGAGGGAAAGGUCCCCGAUGUGCAAGGACGAGAGGUUGUACCCGUCCCCGAUGCUCCAGCCGGGACCGAGCAACACCAGCGUGGCAUCGUUGACAGGUUCCGGGAUGCAGAAUUUGGCCGGUUAUUACAGGGACAGUCCGGACAUGAUCGAGGGAAGGGAGAGGGAACAUUUGGGGAGAGGAGCGAGGCAGAGGGAGAGGAGCGCGAGCCGUUCGCCGAAGAGGGAGGACAGCCCUCAGAGUAUAAGGGCGGACAGUGACGACGAGAGUAUACACGAUAUCUAGGAUAAUGAACGAGGAGGAUGGAAGAUGAAGGGUUGUCGUUGAGAGGAGAGGGUACGAUCGAUCCGAGAGGAAGAAAGUGGAAAAACUCGCUCUGGAGAUCCUUUCCUUNUUUUUUUUUUUUUUUUUUUUUCCUUUCUUUUUCAAAAAGUUGUGGAAAGUUGUGUGCGUGCGUGCGUGCGAUAUCUCGAGAAAAAAAAUGUUCGAGUGUUUCUAUUAUGUUGUUAGAGGCAGCCAAUCGACGAGAAGAUAUAGUCUUUAUAAAGAAGACGCGCGCGGUGAUUUUUUUGUAGCAAUUAUACUCCGUUCUAACUAACCCAACUUACUUGCGUAACCGCCAACAGAUGAAUGUAAUGGAAGAAAAAAAACAAAAAAAACAAAAAACGAAAAAGAACAAAAAAAAAAAAAAAAGAAAGAAUAUUAUUUCUCGUCGUCGAUCGUUGAAAGAAAAAAAACUUUCGCGCGCGAAAGCUCGCGAAAUUCCACGCCAACGACAAGUAUUGCGCGAAAGAAAAGAAGAGAAAAAAAGAAAAAGAAAAGAAAAAAAGAAAAAAAAAGAACGGUCGAUUUCGUGAGGUGGAGCAGAGGAAGUGACAUUGCACGGGACGUCCGGGAUUUCCUAGAUAAUGAGAAUGGGCGAAGAGGAAGCGUUAUGUGGUUAACCAAAGUUUCGCGAUUCGAACGAUUUAGCGAGCCGAACGUUACGCUGAGACCAGUAUUCAUACUCCUAAUAAUCGUCAUAUACCGAUCGUAGAGAUCGAAAGGGAUCGAACGCGGAUCGACGCUUGAUCGACGACGACUCGACGGAUUUAUCGCGUGUGCGUGUGUGCGUGUGUGCGUGUGGAUGCAUCUGUUUGUACGCGACGUAACGUAAAAACGCCAAAAGGAAACGAUCGACGAGUGGAUCGAGCGUCGUUGAACGACGCGAGCGAGGUUAACAAAUGAAAAAAAAAAAAAAAAAGAAAAAGAAAAAAAGAAACGUUUUCUGAACGUUUUUUUCGCGGUGUAAAUAAAAAAAAAAAAAAAAAAGAAAACUCGUUCGUCCGGUGAAAAAAGGGAGGGAAGGAUGAAGACGAGGGCAGACCUCGAGAAUCGAGAAGGAGUCGCGCCAGGGAACGAGGCGAUCGCGCACGAAUCUGCGAUUAAUACGACAUUAGAGAGGGGACCUUUGCCUGGGGAAAGGGAGGGGGGAAGGGAUACGAAAUGACACGAAAUUACACGCGGUCGAAAAGAGUGAAGCGUAGUUCUCGAGACUAGUAUUUUUCUCCGUUAUUCUCCCCCAUUUGGGGAAUAUCGGUCGCGAUCUUGCCUCGAUCCUUGCCUCAAAGAUCUCGUACGGAUGCGAAUUAUUAUCUCUAUCGCGAGUAAAAUUCGAGAGGGGGUUGAUCCGAAUGCAAUGCUCGUGAAACUUUUAAACAAAAGAGAAGAGUUGUUUGGCUGUUGGAAAAAUUGGCGGAAAAAUUUCGAACGUUGCAUUCGGAGGGAGCAUUAUAGAAUUGUAAAUAGAAUUAUAGGAUUCGAUUCGCGCGGCGUCGAUUUCCAUUCCAUUUCGGCAGACAAAUGUUGUAAAUAGCUAACGUUUGAUGGGAUGAGAUGGUGUAUCAGUAAGGUUGAACAGGUUGGUCGAUAUCCCGUUAAAUGGAAGCCAACCGUGAUAACAAGAUAUUCCAGAAGUAUUUUUCAGAUUUCAAUAUACGUAGAAUGGACAAACGCGUCGCAACGCGUGUUUGAAUCGUCGAACUUUUAGAUAGAUAGAGUUUUUAAAAAUUAAUAAUUCAAUUAGUCGAAUUCGACUUGGAAUAUGUCCAAAUUCGACAGAAUAUUCCAAAGUUCGACGCUCCACGCGCGAUUGCCGCGUUGUUCACCGAAAUGAUGAAAUACCAGUAUUACGAAUACAUAAAAUUAGGCUGUAACGACGAAAAGAAUAAAGGUGUAACGACAUGUAAAGGGACACGCGUUAGAGGAAUGACGGCGUUGUUGUGUAAAAACCGUCGGGACGCAUCAGAAUCAGUGGGUCUCACGGUAUCGUGCGACUUAACGUUAAGUAAUGCAGCAAGAAGUAUACAUAGUAAUAAAAAUCAUGCUUUGUAAAAUAAUGUCUGUAUAGCGAGAAUUAUUAUAUGGAA